AUGUCGAACAGAAGUCAGGUAGUGGCUGACCGUCCCGUCGAUGGCGUGACUGAGACUGGACAACAAGAUGCAGUCCGCCGAACCGACCUCGACCCUCAAAGCCGUGAAAACAUCUUCCUCUUCUGGCCAAACAUGAUCGGUUACAUCCGCGUCAUUCUCGCUGUUUGGUCCCUCUACUACAUGCCACUGCACCCACGGCGUUGCAGCAUCUUAUACUCUGUGAGCUGCCUUCUAGAUGCGCUCGAUGGAUAUGCAGCACGCAUCUUCAAUCAGUCGACACGCUUUGGUGCUGUGCUGGACAUGGUAACGGACCGCUGCACGACGUCUUGUCUUCUGGUCUUCUUGGCGAUCGCGCAACCGGCCUAUGCACCCAUCUAUCAAGGCUUGAUUAGCUUGGACUUUGCGAGCCACUAUAUGCAUAUGUAUGCUACGUUGGCGAUGGGUGGUGAGGGUCAGAGUCAUAAGAGUGUCUCGACUAGUAGGAGUCGGAUUAUGAACUUUUACUACAAGAAGUGGGUCCUCUUCACCUGCUGCGCCGGGAACGAGCUCUUCUUCAUAGGUCUAUACCUAUUGUGUUUCUCCUCGUCUACCACGACGUUCUAUUUGCUUUCGAGCAACGGACCACCCAAGCCAGCAAGCUUACCUGCUUCGCCAUUCUCAGCAGCUGCAAUGGAGAUUGCAAGAGCGAACAAGAUCAAUGACACUGUGCCUUGGAUCCUGACUCUGGGAAGUGCACCAAUCAUGGUCUUCAAGCAGUGCAUCAAUGUACUGCAACUAGUGAAGGCGAGUCAGUGGUUGGCGGAAGGAGAUCGUCGACAGCGUAAAGCGGUGGAGAUUGCAAAGACCAGGUGA